CGUCACCAGAGACAGAUUUGUGAAGAAUAAGCAGACUAGAGAACGAGCCCGAGGUGCGUCACUUUAUAUUGCAUCGUCCUUUCAUAGAGAGAGAGAGCAGAUAAUCUGUUCAAUAUUUUAGAGACCCAAUGCCUGGUCCCACCCAAGCACUGUCCCCAAAUGGAGAGAAUAACAACGACAUCAUCCCAACGGACGGAUCCAACUGCAUUCCUUACAGAAAAAAUACAGUGCGAGGAGAGCGCGCCUACAGUUGGGGGAUGGCGGUCAACGUAUAUUCUACCUCAAUAACCCAGGAGACUAUGAGCAGGCAUGAUAUCACUGCCUGGGUUAAUGAUCUUCUCGGUCUGAACUACACUAAAGUGGAGCAGCUUUCCUCAGGAGCAGCCUACUGCCAGUUCAUGGAUUUGCUGUUCCCUGGUUGCGUCCAUCUUAAGAAGGUUAAGUUCCAGGCUAAAUUCGAGCAUGAGUACAUUCAUAACUUCAAGCUGCUGCAGGCCUCUUUCAAGAGAAUGAAUGUGGACAAGAUUAUUCCUGUGGAGAAGCUUGUGAAAGCCAGAUUUCAGGACAACCUUGACUUCAUCCAGUGGUUUAAGAGGUUCUUUGAUGCCAACUAUGACGGUAAGGAUUACGACCCACUUCAGGCCAGACAGGGUCAGGAUGCCAUCCCCCCACCUGACCCCGGUGAGCAGAUCUUCAACCUGCCAAAAAAGUCCCAACACCACGCAGCCAGCUCCCCCACUGCAGGAGCCACCAGGGCAAGUGCAACAACUCCGAAACAAAACCCCUGCAGCCCCCAUCCAUCCUCCAGACCCUCUUCAGCGAAAAGAAUCCCAGUUGCAACUCCAACGACAACUCCGGCCAAAGGAGAGCGGGAACUGGAAGCACAGGUCACAGGGCUCAACGACCAGGUGAACACAUUAAAACUUGCACUUGAGGGUGUGGAGAAGGAGAGGGACUUUUACUUUGGAAAGCUGCGGGAUGUGGAAGUCCUGGCACAGGAACAAGGUCAGGAGAGCGCCCAGUUCGUGGAGCGGCUAAUGGAGAUUCUGUACUCUGCAGACGAACAGGAAGGUGCAGGAGAGGUGGAUGGAGAAGAUGUGGAUCCAGGGGUCCAUGAAGAGGAUGUUCCUGAUGAUCAGCAGGAUGAGUACUGACUGCCAUCACUCCUUGUUCUUGCCCCGGGCCCCACCACAACGCCAUGCCCUUUUGUUUUGUGAGAAUUUUGUUACAGGUUUUAUUUUUUAUUAUUUUUUUCUCAUUUGUAUUUUCUUCCCCUCGUGGUUUGUUUAUUUUUUUUGUUCUCCUGAAGACUGAGCACAUGAAACAACCUCAUGCAAAGAAACAUGACCCUAGUUUAUUUUAUAUAUAUAUA